AUGAAUCCCCCUUGCGCAUUCAUGGCUGCGAAUCUCGUCCGCCGGGCCAUCGCACUGCUCGUCGUGUCUCUCCUUUGCCUCUCCUUCGCGCCGGCCGCGGACGCCGUGCACCGGCCGUACUGCCGCUUCGACGGGAAGCUGGUGGUGAGCAACCUGGUGAGGGAGCUCAAGGCGGCCAAGAAAUACUCCACGUUCCUCGACGGGCUCAGGAAAACAGGGCUGGACAAGGAUCUGCCCGACCUGUUCCACUGCUACGAGGCGACCGUCUUCGCGCCCACCGACGCUGCAUUCGCGGAUCUCUCGAGCAGCGUCAAAUCCAAGCUUAGCGAUAAGAAGGUGCUUCGCGAGGUGCUGCUGCUGCACAUCGUCAAGGGCAAGAAAUCCAACGCCAAGCUGGUCGAACAGAAGAAGGGCCACCAGUACGAAGCUGCAGCAGACUACUGCAAGGCGCGUCUGGUGAAGGUGUCAUCUGCGGGGACCAAGAAGGUCAAGGUGAAGGCUGAGGGCAGUAAGGACGAAGCUGCCGUGGUGGCUGCUGACGUGGUGUCGCUGAGGGUGGUGGUGGCACAUGGUGUGGAUGACGUCAUCCUGCCCAAGACCCUCUGCAAGGGCGACAGCAGCAGCCUCAAGCCUAAGAAGUGCAUUGCCUGGUACAACUGA